UAAUAGGGCUGGGACGUUUAAAUAGCCAAAAUUAGGUUUAGGAACGGAUUUUUUUUUUUUUGCAUGCUUCGUGGAGAUCGCACGCGAUCGAUGGCGACCCCGCGAUGCUGGAGCUCGAUCCCGGUCGAUAUCGCCCUCAAUAUCGCCGCUUUCCUUGAGGCGGCGGAUGUGUGCUCUUUGGGGAGUUGCUCUCGUUUCUGGCGCGGAAUCUGCUACUCUGACUUCCUGUGGAUGGGGCUUGCCAAGAAGAGAUGGCAAAUGGUCGAUUUGGGUUCAAAAUUGAGUGGAUCCUCACAGUUACCGAGGGUUUCGUGUAGGCUUGAUGAAGUUACAGCGCAGCAAGUUUCUGCUGAAUCUCGAUUCCUUUGCCCUCCCGUACAGGGGUGGAGGGAAUUUUACAUUUAUAAACACCAAAGUAUAGCUCGUGCGGUUUCUGCUGUAAAAGAAUUUGUGGAUCUAUGUACUCAAAACGAAUCUCUUGAAGCUGGGUAUUAUUUAAAAGCAGUCAGUGAUUUACACUCAUACAGGCUUGGUUUCAAGGAUGUUCAAGUUUUUUUGUUUGCAAAAAGAUGCAGUGUUCUUCUUAAUUUGAUUGGAUUGCACUAUUGCCUAGUUCAGCUUGAAAUUUCGCCCAGUGAGGUGAUGGAGGCCCUCUGCAGGAGCCAAGUUUCAGAACGAGAAAUUUACGUUAGGUGGUUCAAGCUUGGGAGGUGGUUCUAUGGCUUCCGCCUUCAGGAUGAGCACCACUCAAGGAAAAUCUCUCUUGGAGAGCUUGUGAUGGGCAAAGAUGACGAGGUUCUUGGUGUGCUGAACCGAGGUGCAGUCCAUGAAGUUAUUCGUGUUCAUAUCACCCAAGUUUAAUCCGGAAACUGCAGUUUCAAACUCGGUUGCAAGUGGAGAUGACUAAAUUGAACUUCUUUGACAUGCAAAAUCAUCUUGUAAAUUAAUUAUAUUAGUUUCUCAUGAGAAUUGCUAAAUAGUCCGUAGUUUAUAUGCUUAGGCAAGGUUUGGGUGAUGUGUUUUCUUUUUAUUGCUAAAUAAAAUUGUGGUAAAUCUGAUAGAGAUGUCAAGUUGUUUAUAGUUAGUUCGUUUCUUGUUAUUGUAAGUUGUUCACUUGUCAUUGUUUUUAUGGUUUA